CCUAUUGCCAACUACCUCGGCGGCCGCAUCGCCAGAUGGAACAGCGCCAAUGCAACCUUGCAGCUCGCCGCGCCGCCCGGUGGCGCCCUUGCCGCCGACGCAGGCAAGGUGCCCUUGGCAGCCGGCGGCGGUGCCUCCCACGCAUCGUCCGAUGGCAAAGUCGUCGUGGCGCUGCCAGCCAACGGCGCUGCGGGCGCCGACGGCGCGCUCUCAUCGGCCUCCCGAUGA